GGUGGGCGGUUUAACCGUUGCUCUCGCGGCUCCGACGCCAUUUUGUUCUCGCUACUUCAGGCCGGGCAGCCGGCCGGGCCGGGCUCCAUGGUGCCGUCGCUGGCCUGAGGGGACUGCUGGCCCGCCGCACUAUGGAGCCCUGCCUGAGAGGAGACCGCGACGCCGCUAGGAGAUCCCGAGCUUCCGCAGGCAGCAGCUGGAUUCCGGUGCCGGAGAAGCGGCCGGGCCGCGGGGAGCGCUGAGGAGCUCCGCUAUGGAGCCGAGGAAGCGGGAGCAGGCGAGCCCCGGGCUCGGCCAGGCUAGCUCCUGGUUAGGACUCACCUGGCUGAAGCUCGGCCCCUGUCCCCCGGCUCCCGCCGUGGCGGCCCAGCCCCAGCUUAGCGCCCCCUUCUCCUGGCUGCGGCUCGUCUCGCAGCUGCUUUCCCCACUGCCCGGUCUCCUCCACCGGCUGCUGCCCGGGCAGGGGCUGAGCAGCGCCCUGUGCCCGGCGGCGGGGGAGCCUCCCGCGGGGGGAUCUCAGGCCGCGCCUCUUCUGCUGCUCUCCGAGGCCGCCGCUUCACUGAGUUGGGCCGACGGGGAGCUGCGCUGGCCGGACAACGCCCCGGAGAUGCGCCGGAAGAGCAGCCUGGAGCCUGCCCAGCCGCUGUGGGGAGCUGGGCUGGUGCGGACCGGCCUGGCCCCGCUCAGUGUCCGGCAAGUGGACCUGGUCUCCUACGUGCUGGGCCCCGGCGGCAGUCCGGGGUCCGGCUACGGCCAAGCCUGCUGCACCGACAAGAGCCACCUGCCCCAGCCCUUGAGCACCGAGCUCCCCGCGGACGGCUGGCGGGGACCCCCAUCCCGGGAGGGGCUCCCGGAAAUCCAGCACCUCCGCACCAAGCGCCUGGAGUUCCUCCAGCAGCAACAGCUGGCGACUAAUUGCUUGCCCGUGCCUGAACCGGACCACGGCUACCACAGCCUGGAGGAGGAACAGCAGCACAGGGGUAACAACCAAGAGGAUCUAAAGCAGAAGUGUGAUGCCUGGGAGCUGAGAUGCCCCGAGGAACUGCCUGAGCACAGCAUAGUGGGGCAAGCUGGAGAGAGCCCCCUAGAACAGGAAGUAUGGAGUCCUGAGGAGGAGGCAGCUGAGGAAGAGACCCUCUCGGAAGAGGAUGAAGAUGAGGAUUCUGAUAUCGAGCAAGACCUGCCAGUGUCAUCCAGGCCUGCCUGCGCUAACAAACUGAUAGACUACAUUAUCAGGGGCAGUUCCAGUGGAGAGGAAAGUUCAGAGGGUGAGGAAGACUGGGAUGGGGAUGAUGAUGAUGGGUUUGAUAGCGAGGGGUCCCUCUCAGAUUCAGACUCUACUAGCCAGGAUAGUGAGAGCCAGCACCUCUGGAACUCCUUCUGCAGUUUGGAUCCUUAUAACCCUCAGAACUUUACAGCUGCCAUUCGAACUGCUGUUAAUAAUUCAGAGAAAGAUUUGUCUGGUGAGUCAUAUGUAGAGGAGGAUUCUUCAUGGGCCGAAAGCCUUCCUGGCUCUCCUGCCCUCAGCUCUGAAGAGGAUGAGGAAUGGGAGUGUAAUAGUGCAGAUGAGGAAGAUAAUUUGGAACUUUGGAACUCAUUCUGUAACUCAGAUGAUCCCUAUAACCCUUUCAAUUUCAAGGCACCCUUUCAAACUGCAAAAAAGAAAGGGAAGCAGGACUUAGAAGGAGCAUCAGGGCUGUGUCUGGUCAGCUCUCAGAGCAAUCUCUUAUUCACCUGUCAGGUGCAGCUGCUGGAGAACCAUAACUGUGGGGUCACAGAUAUUGUGCAGCAUGGCAUUCUUUUUGGAGAGAAACAUACAAAUACCAAGAGAAAAAAGGUAACAUUCCUUGAAGAAGUUACUGAGUAUUAUGUAAGCAGUGAAGAAGAUCGGAAAGGACCCUGGGAAGAACUUGCACGGGAUGGAUGCAGGUUCCAGAAACGAAUUCAAGAAACUGAAGAUGCUAUUGGAUACUGCUUAACCAUAGAGCAUAGACAGAGGAUAUUUAAUAGACUCCAGGAAAUAUACUAUAAAAUGCUUGAUGUUUUCUAGCCCCCUAAAUUUGGUAGCCCUGUUACCCUACUGUUCCUAUAACAGGGAGCUAAGCAUAACUUUAAUACUGUUUCCAAAUUUAAUGUUCAGCCAAUAAAAUAGACCUAAUUAUGUCCAGAUUUGAUAUGGAAACAAAAAAUACCUUGGUCACUUGAAGAAUAAGAGUGAUAUAAGUGUAUUACUCUUAAAGUAGUUCGUAUCUCAGCUGUUUAGGUAAAAUCCAGCCCAUAAAUGCCUUUUGUACACACCAUCCAUCGCUACUACCAAUUGGAUGGUUUAGUGAGGUCCUCGGAUCGGCCCUGCCAGGAUCAGACAUGGCCCUGGUGGAGUGCCGAGAAGAUGGUUGAACUUGACUAUCUAGGGGAAGUAAAAGUUGUAACAAGGUUUCCAUAGGUGAACUUAAUGAAGGAUCAUUAACGGGGUGCAUGGGGAGAGACAGGACCGGUCUGGGCAACCAACCCUGGACCAGGGGGACAGAACUCAAUGCAGGUGUGUGUCCCCUGAGGUCACACGGAGCUGGCUGGCGGGUGCCAGGCACCACUCCAUGUGCCGUCCGUCACUGCCUGCCUACCUUGUAGGUUGGAAGUGGAGGGGGCACCCCAGAGGGAUUGGAACAGUUUCUCUCACCCAGGAGCUAGGUGCCUAGUGCUCUCUGUGAGCUUCGCGGCCCAGGGAAGGCGGUGGUUCAAAGACUUGUGUGGCUUGCGGUGGGCCGUGGCCGCCCAUGGGCGGGGCCGGGGAGGAUGGAAGAGGGACUGCCAAGGAGGCAAGGAUGUCUGAGGAUGCCCAUUCUACCCACCUCCAUCCCCCUGAUCCAUGAGAAGUCCAGGGCGGAGAGGGGCUACCCUGCCUCCCUCUCUGCAGUGUCUCUGUGUGCCUCUGUCUGCCAUAUGUAGGAGAAGGGUGGCAAUUAAUUUGGAAUUUUGCACUUUUGGAAAAAGAGUCUGAAAUAUUUAUAGGGUUCAAAACCCAACGAUUGCAGUUCUGAUUUAAAGUUUGAAUAGGUAGUUGAAGCAGUUCAGUUGUCUGUCUUUUUCCCAACUUCUGUAAAACAAAUUUGUUAUUUUGCCUAAUUGUAUUAGUUAACAGUGCUCUGUCUCAAGAAUUCAGUUUUGUUUAUCAGGUUUUUUCUUUGUUACAUAACACCUUUGAUUAUGUAUUUAAAUAUUUUGAUCUAAAGCUGGAUUUCAGGAGAGCUGAAAAAACUACCAGUGCUGCUACUCUUGUGUUUUCUAAAUAUAAAAUUCUUGCCUGCUACUUAUCAAAGCUAGUUGUGCAGUAGGUCCAGGUUCUUUCAGAAUUCUGGAAAGCUCUGUUACCCUGAUCUGUAUAUGCAAGAUGUAGUACAUGUACUGAUGUUGAGGGUGACAGUCUGAGCCUAGGCUGUAUCAUGGGCAGUCAACUGCUGGUUAUGCUUUAGUUUUCACUUUAACAGCUUAUGGCAUUUCACCCGCAAAGGACAGUGAAAAGUGGAAUUCUACAUCAGGUUUUUGGCCUUUUGAACCAACUCAACAAGCUCUAAAGCUACACCCAAGUACAUACUUUCUUUACAGAAAACCAGUAUUAAUACCACCCUGCCUCAGCACUUUCACUUAACUGAUAGUAUAACACCAUAUACAUGGAAGCUGACAGUUAAGAUGUCUCUCAUUGAAGAAAAAUGCAUUCUUUAGUUGCAUUCUAAGUUUACUAUUUCAACCAGAAGCUAUUUAUUGUUUUAAACUAGUAGUAACCUUCCUUUAUUUGAAUGAAGUUGAAUAUUGCUCAAAAAGACAGUAAGAUAUACUGUCUUCAUGUAAAAUUAAAGGUCUACUUUAUUGUAGAGCUUGUCUGACAAACUUGAAUGGCCAGAAAAUUGGCUAUACAAAAACUAUACACCAACCAUGGUUUGGGUUUUUUUAAUCCCUGUUGAGCCAGCAUGAAUUGGAUUGCCUUUUCCUGCAAAUUGUCUUAAAUUAGUGUGUUCCAGUGAAAUCCUUUUGAAUCCUCCCUUUUUUUGGCCAUUUCAGCUUCUAGCAAUUCAAGAAAUGAUCUCAGGUCAAAUUAAAACCCAAAAUUGGGUUAUGUAAAAACUUACAAAACAUAAAGCCGGUAGAACUGCUUCCAUGAUUUAAAAAAAAAAUUCCAAUGGUAACAACUCUUAAAACACCAGUUUCCCUUCAGUGCUUGCAAGCCAAACAGUGUGAUAGUGAGAGGAAGGAUGGUCUUGUGGUUAAAGCACAUGAGAUCCAGUUCUUUUCCCAGCUCUGCCAGUCUCCCUCUAGCUUCAGGCAAGUCACUUUUUGCCUUGAUUUCUCUGAAAAAUUAGGAAUGCUCCCUUACCUCACAAGGGUUGUGUGAGGUUUUAAUUAAUUAGUGUUGUGAAAUCAUGUGAAAGCAUAGGAAUACAAAUAUUGACUCCCUGAAAGAACUAGAAAGGAGCUAAAGGGUGAAACUGACUAGUGGGUUUUCAUUGUCCCUAAUUAAGUAAAAUUAGACUAAAAUUCUAAGUUUUUAAUAUGUAAGGAAUCUGCUUAAUUUUUAACCUGACAGCAUCUCAAUCCUUUUCCAUACAUCUUCAUCAUAGCAAUAAACAUAGUUUUCAUUGAGGUACAUAUCUACAUAAGCACUUCAAACUAAAUUGCUGUCCCCUUCAAAGUAUCAGGUGCAAAAAGGAAAAAGGGAUUCUGGCACUAAACUCUCAGUUGUAGAAAUCCAAUAUAAAAUCCCUAAACAAAAACAAACCAAUUUUAGUCUUCUUUUCACUUUCCUUUCCCUACAACAUAUCUUAAAAUGGUAAUGAAGGAUGUGGAAGGCUGUUUUUUGUAUGUAUAAGUGUUUAAAAGAACACCUGUUAAUUUUAAACUUUAAAUCAAAACUGUAAUUAUCAGAUUUUAUUUUUAUAUAAUUUUAGAGAGGUGAAGUUAGAAGCCCGACAACCUUCUAAAUUGGCUUUAUACAGAUUUUAAUUGAUUUGAUUGUAUCCAAUUUGUUGGGUUUUUAUAUCUGUUAUAUUUCUGUAUAUAAUAAAAUUAUUCAGAACUAAUUUGUAAAUUGAAAUAAAGAUAUUUGCAAGAUA